AUGAAUAAGCAAGGUUUUGUUUAAGUUACUCAAGAAUAUGAUUAAGUCAAAAAAAGAGUUAAUUCUUUGAAAUUUUAAUUAAGAGACAUUGAUUAAAAGAAUUUUCUUUUAUAGACGAAAUUAAAGGAUCUGAGAUAGAUUUCUCCUAAAUUCUAGAAGUCACCAAUAACAUAAUUAUAAGAAUAACUGGGAUUAGAUAGAAAACAGGUAAUUGAGCAAUUCAAGCCAAUUGUGGAGAAAGAAGGAAUUUAUCUUAGAAAUGAAAGGCUAAAAACAGAAACCCAAUUAUAAUAAUCAAAAAUGUAGGAAAUCUAACAGAAAAAAAUGAGAGUAAAAUUGAUAGAAGAAUUUAAUUCAGAAGUAACCAAAAGAAGAGAAUAAUAUUAAGAAAAAAAAAUAAAGGAAGUUAGGGAAAGAUAAUUAUAAGAAAUGGAAAUGAAUAGACUAAUUGUUAAUAAAAAGAUGUUCGAAAUAAGUAAAUUAAAAAAAUAAGAAAAAGAAUUAAUAGAAGAAAUACAGAGUGCUAAAACAAAAGAGUAAUAACUAUGCAACAAAUUCUGUAAUUCUUUGGUGUCAAAUGAUAAUAGUCUCAUUUUGCCAUCAAUAUAAAAGUCAUUUAGUAAAAUGAGUUAAAAUUCAACUUCAAAAUAGUAAAGAAAGGGUUGCUCGCCCAUCUAGAAAUAAAAUAAAGUUAUAGAAAGACUAUAAAGAAGUGAAACAAGAAACGAAAAUUCAAUUGUAGAAUAAGAAGAUAAUCGAAAAGGAUGUUUAGAAUCAAGAAAGAAAUCUUAAUCUAUAGAUUAACUGAAUAUUGCCUGUUAAACUAGUUUUCUAAUCACGCAUCAAAAUUUGGAAAGCAUUCAAUAUUCUUUAAAUUAUGAUUCUUAUAUGAGUAGCUAAAAGGAUAAAACUACUGAAAAGUCUAUUACAAAUUUAACAUCAGAUGAAACCAAGGAUUAUCAUGAGAAAAAUAGAUAAUCUAAUAAAAAAAUUUAAUGA